AUGUAUCAGUUCGGGAAGAAUCUCGGCCUCUCUUUCCAAAUAGUCGACGACAUUUUGGACUUCACCCAAUCCUCAGAGCAGCUUGGGAAGCCCGCAGCUAAUGACUUGGCCAAGGGAAACUUAACUGCACCCGUGAUAUUCGCUCUCGAGAACGAGCCGAGGUUGAGAGAGAUCAUCGAGUCCGAGUUUUGCGAGCCCGGAUCUCUCGAAGAAGCGAUUGAACUGGUGAGAAAUUGCGGUGGGAUCAAACGGGCACGGGAAUUAGCCGAGGAAAAAGCGGAUCUCGCAGUAAAGAAUCUGCAGUGCCUCCCUCGGAGUGCCUUCAGGUCGGCUCUGGAGGAUAUGGUGAUGUAUAAUCUCGAAAGGAUCGAUUAA